AAUAAAUUAAUGUGCUUCUAUUAGAUAAAAAAGUACAGUUUCCAUGGUGAUAAAGAAAGCCUAUGCAAGAGAUGAGUUUGAUUCCCCCCACCGCGUCCCUUGUCAAGUAUGACAAUCCUCUACUGGUCAGCAGUAACACAGACAGGCGAUCAAAGGUACGCACACCCAAGACUAGUCAGCAUGCAACAGUAGCUGUCAUGGGCAGUGGUGGGCCUGUACCAAGUCCACCAAAGGGAAAAAUGCCGCCAGCAGAAUCUCAGAAAGAUCAGAAAACAGAAGAAAUCCUCAACUCAAUUCUUCCCCCUCGUGAGUGGUCAGAGAGUGGGCAGCUCUGGGUGCAGAGUGUCUCCAGUACUCCGGCCACAAGACUAGAUGUCAUUAAUCUACAGGAACAGUUGGACACACGACUACAGCAGAGACAGGCCAGAGAGACAGGCAUAUGUCCAGUGAGGAGAGAGCUGUACUCUCAAUGCUUUGAUGAGAUGAUUAGACAGAUCACUAUAGAGUGUGCUGAGAGAGGACUGCUCUUGUUGAGGGUACGAGAUGAGAUCAGGAUGACCAUAGCAGCCUACCAGACACUGUAUGAGAGCAGUGUGGCAUUUGGUAUGCGUAAAAGCCUCAUGUCUGAACAAGGCAAGACUGACAUGGAGCAAACCAUUGAGUCACUCAAUGGUGAACAGAAUGAUCUUGAGAAACAGGUAAUGGAACUCAAGAGCAAGUGUGACGCUGUUGAGAAGAGAGAGAGUGAGAAGAGGCAGGUUGAAGAGAAGAAGCAUCAGGAAGAGAUACAAGCCCUCAAGAAGACCAACCAACAACUCAAGGCACAACUGGAAGGCAUCAUUGCUCCUCAGAAGAAGUAACUAUUGAACAAUACCAGCCACACUACAUUAAUAUUAGCUGAACAUUACACUACCUUAUUACAUUGAUUGAAUGUCUCAUGCAAUUGUGAUGGAUUAUUAUUAUUGUUAAUUCA